CUGUGUCCCUCGGACACAGUGGAUCAUUGAUCAACAGAAAGAGCCGAAGAUGUCGGCUCAGUCAUGUGAUCAGCUGUGUCCAAUCACAGCUAAUCACAUCAGUGCCACCUGUCAGUGUCCAUCAGUGCCAGCUGUCAGUGCUCAUCCAUGCCACGUGCCAGUGCCCAUCAGUACCACAUCAAUGCCACAUAUCAGUGCCUAUCAGUGCACAUCAAUGCCACAUAUCAGUGCCCAUCUGAGCUGCCUUUCAGUGUCACCCAUCAGUGCCAGUCAGUGCCACCUAUCAAUGCCAAUCAGUGCUGCCAAUCAGUGCCACCUAUCAGUGCCAGUCAGUGCUGCCUAUCAUUGUGCAUCAGUGCCGCCUAUCAGUGACCGUCAGUGCUGCCUAUCAGUGCCGCCUAACAGU